CCUGUAAGAGUAAGCCAGUGAAGAUGAGAGCACUGCUGAUUCUCACCCUCUACGUGUCAUCUCUUGGGGUCCUGCAUUGUGGCCCCGACCCCUCUCCCACAGAACUGAGUGAGGAUGUUCUCCAGGGGUUGUCGAGGGAUGGUGAGCGUUAUGUUGACGAGGAGAUGAAGAGAGCCUUGUUUGGGGUGAAGCGGAUGAAGGAGGUGAUGGAGAAGAACCAAGAGAAGCAUGAACAUCUCAUGAAGACCCUCAAAGAAAGUAGCAACAAGAGGAAGGGGGCAGUGCAACUGGCCACAGAGGCAGAGCUAAAGCUUCAGAAGGCAGAAGAGCAGUGCCGUGAAUCGCUAAGGACAUCAUUUAUGGAGUGUCGACCCUGCCUAGAAGACACCUGUAAGACGUUUUACACCUCCACCUGCCGAAGAGGCUUCUCCUCCUUCUCUUUCAAAGUGGAGGAGUUCUUCAGGAAGUUAUCCUCCCAACUGGAAACUCCAGACCAGGUCGUCAAUCAGAACCAAGACAACCUGAACCAGACCCAGAACUCAGAGGAUCCAGAUCCAGAUCUGGAGCUGGUGCGGCUGAAUGCCACCUUCAGUCAGAUGCAAGGGAAAAUUAGCUCCCUGCACAACCGGAGCACAGAGCUGGUCAACAAGAUGCACCAAGAGUUUGGCCAUGGCUUUUGGGUGGCCUUCACCACUAAGCUGAAGCCCAAGCCCCUCUCCCCCACACAGGAGUCCCCUAAUGGGGGCUUCUUCAUGGGCAUGGGCCGCCUGGGCAGCAUGGGCCUAGAUGAUGUGCUGGAGGAAGUGUAUGACUUUGGCCGGGCGGUAGUGGAGGACUUCAGCGAUGCGAUGACAGACGUCUUGGACGAGAUGCAGGAGGCUGUAGAUGAGGAGUCUUGGCAGCAGAGAGACACAGAGUCAUUCCCUAGCUGGAGCUGGGUCCCAGUCCCAUUCCCAGACAUGUAUCUCUGCAGACAGCUCCGCAGGCAGGCAGCAGACUGCUGGCAGCUGCAGAGACUGUGUGAGUCCUGUCAGGACACUUUGGUGAAAGAGUGUCCCAGUGUUAGGGAGCUGCACUCUGCGCUGGAGGAGACCUACCUGCUGCUCAACGCGUCUCGUCUGCAGUAUGAGGAGAUGCUGCAGGUGGUCCAGAAACACACGGAUGACACACACACCUGGCUCAACAACAUGGAGGCCAAGUAUGGCUGGGUGACACAGCUCACCAAUGGCACCCUGGGUCCUCAGAACAUCUUUGGUGUGAGCGCGGUGGCUCUACAGGUGAGGGAUAACAGGUUUAAAGGUGACACCAGAGUGGUGUUGAACAUCCUGGACUCUCCUUUAUUAACCCUCUCCGUCCCAGCAGAGCUAGAGGUGCAGGACUCUGCCUUCAUUCAGUAUGUGGCCCAAGAGGCCCUUGCCCACUACAAACAGUCAAAGAUAUGAAGUAAUCUGAAGAUUUUGCAAGCUGUGCUAUUUAUAAGCCUCAAUUUGCCAUCGUGUGUCUACCAGUUCCUUGGAAUAGAGCAUUAUGUUUAAGGUUGUAUGCAACAUUUGGUCGAGCUAUGA